AUGAGCAACAUGGCAGAGACGAUAAACUCCGAUUCCAGCGAGGAGCUGGAUACGUGGAUAUCGCAAUAUUGUUCGAUGUUCGGCAGAGACUGGUUCGUCGAGGUUGACCCGGAGUUUAUCGAGGACGACUUCAAUCUUACAGGGCUGAACUCAUCAGUUCCGUUCUUCAGAGAGGCCCUUGACACCAUCUUGGACUUGGAGCCCGAAACUCCCAUCAGGCAGCAGAAUCUUCCGCUUGUGGAGCAUGCUGCAGAGUUGCUGUACGGAUUGAUACACGCGAGGUACAUCCUGACUAAACAAGGCCUACAGGCGAUGGCCGAGAAAUACGAACAGAAGCAGUUUGGCGUGUGUUCGCGGUUCUACUGUGAGGGAAUGCACCUGAUACCUGUGGGGAGAUACGACCAGGCCGGAAUAGAGACAGUGAGAUUGUAUUGUCCACGUUGCUGUGACAUAUAUGUUCCGACGUCGUCGCGGUAUUUGAACAUUGACGGUGCCUUUUUUGGCACCAGUUUUGCUGGAGUUUUCGUGAAGAUGUAUCCUGAGAUUGAAGAGCAAUGCCAGCAGAGCAGGAAUCGCGUUUACGAGCUGAAGCUGUACGGUUUCAAGAUAAGCCCGCUGGCCCCCUCCGGUCCCCGAAUGGCUUGGCUGAGAAGCACGCCCCAGACUGUUGAAGAAAUCGCUGAGUACGAUGCCUGUGAGUUCGAGCUUCCCCAUGACGAGGAGGUAGACGUGGAGAUCUACGACGAUGACGAUGACGACGAUGAAGAAGACGAAGUACAGGUUUCGCGCGCCAUUAAGGUGACGCCGAAGCCGGAAUCGAAGAGGGCAGAUGAUGCCAGUGACAGCAUGAAGAGUAUUGUUAAGGAAUGA